AUGAAACUACUCACGUCAUUAGUAACGUUAUGUACUAUACAGUCUGUGAUAUCGUCCUACUGUUUUUGGAAUACAGGAUGUCCAUACAAAUAUUUUUCUAACAAAACACCAUAUAAUUCUGUCAGAGGUGAUAUAAGGGAUUCUGUCAUCAAACUAACCGGUUGUGAACCAGUCAGUAUUUGGGCAAUAGUAAGACAUGGCCAAAGGAACCCAGGUCCGGACUUUGGCAAAUACAUGAAAGAUGCUCUAGUAGUGAGCGAUUACCUGAUGUCAGCCUACGAGAAAGGAAAGUCCUCACUUUGCGCUCAAGAUAUCGAAAAUUUACGCAAUUGGCCUAUCAAUAAGGAUUUGUUCGAUAGACCAUUUCAACUUACCAAAGAAGGUUUUCUGGAAUCUGAAGGUAUUGGAAGAAGACUAAAACAGGCAUUCCCAAAACUACUUGGAAAAUUAGAAAGUAAUGAUUAUUUGUUCCGAAGUGCGGCCGAAGCUUGGAUGGCAGAGAGUGCCAAAGGUUUCAUUCAAGGAAUUUCCAGUAAACCUUUGACUAUGCAGCCACCUAGACCUGAUUACGAUAUUUUGGCCCCUUACGAGAAAUGUGCUAAGUAUCUUAAAGAAGUAAGAAAUAAUCCAGAAACGUUUGCUGCAUCGAUAAAGUAUCAAUCUUCUUCAGAAUAUCUUGCGUCAAAAGAUAGAGUCCAACGGCGGCUGGGUAUCGAUUAUCCUCUGCAAGCAAGAAAUAUAACAGCUUUGUACGACUUGUGUCGUUACACUUCUUCGGGAAUGACCAACACAUUCAGCCCGUGGUGUGCGUUGUUUACGACCGAAGAUUUGAAAGUUAUGGAGUAUGUAGCCGACUUGAGACAUUACUACAAAAGUGGUUACGGAACACCCAUGAACGAGCUAUUCGGCCAGAUUACUUUGACCGACCUACUUAAAAGUUUUCAAGAAGCAAAGAGUGGAAAGGGGAGAAAAAUUACGGGCUAUGUUUCUCAUGCUACUAUGAUGGAUAUGAUUCACACAGCCCUUAAAUUAUUCAAAGACGACGCACCCUUAUCUAGUUCAAAGAGGAAGCUCGACAGGAAAUGGAGAAGUAGCAAGCUGGCCAUAUUUUCUGCUAAUGUAAUAGCUGUCCUUAACAAAUGUAAUAAUGGACCUGAUGACUACAAUGUGGUAUUUUACUUGAACGAAGAACCAUUGCAAUCAAUAUGUAGAGAAGGAGUGUGCACAUGGAAAGAAUUCGAAGACAAACUGACACCAUUUUUGAACACGAACACAGAUUUCUGUAACGUAACUUCUUCUUCAUAG